AUGGUCGCCGCUAAGAAGCACAUCACGAUCGUGAAGAAGCGCACCGCGCCCUUCAAGCGCCACCAGAGCGACCGCUUUAUGCGCGUUGGUGAGAGUUGGAGGAAACCCAAGGGUAUCGACAACAGGGUGAGGAGGAGGUUCAAGGGCCAGGCUGCUAUGCCAAAGAUCGGCUAUGGCUCCAACAAGAGGACGCGCCACAUGAUGCCCUCCGGCCACAAGGCUUUCCUCGUCAACAACAUCCGGGACGUCGACCUACUGCUCAUGCACAACCGCACCCACGCCGCAGAAAUCUCACACGCAGUCUCCUCGCGGAAGAGGAUCGAAAUCAUCGCGAGGGCCAAGCAGCUGGGCGUGAAGGUCACCAACGGCAAGGCCAAGGUCACAACUGAGUCGUAG